AAGUUUAAUAUUCGGUCCCUCAGUUUUUAUUCAAAUUUGGACCACCAUAUAUUCCAACCCUCUGAUUCUAUAUCUGUCUCUCUUUCUCUAUUUAUAUCUAAGCUGGACUAUACUAGACGCCAGUGAGUGGUCUGAUUCUGAUCUUAAAGAUAAAUGGCUCUGAAACUUGGUCUUGUUCGGUCUCUUCUGGUUAUUACUUUGUGCGUAGCAGCAUCAGUCCCUACGCAAACUGGAGCAAGAUCAUCAUGGACAUCAGAUUAUGAUGUUGAGGUACAGAAAGCAGACAGAGUGAUCGGACUGCCAGGUCAGCCUCCGGUGAAGUUCGACCAAUACGCAGGCUACGUAACCGUCAACGAAACUCACGGAAGAGCCCUCUUCUACUGGUUCUUUGAAGCAGUCAAAAGCCCUCACAAAAAACCACUCGUCCUUUGGCUCAAUGGAGGUCCAGGAUGUUCCUCAAUUGGGUAUGGAGCAGCAGAGGAGGUAGGCCCUUUCUUCCCUCAAAACGGCGCCAAACCUAAGCUCAAGUACAACCCUUACACCUGGAACAAUGCUGCCAAUUUAUUGUUUUUGGAGUCUCCUGUGGGUGUCGGAUUUUCUUACACCAAUACUACCAAUGAUAUCAAGGAACUAGGGGACACCAUUACAGCUGAGGAUUCGUACAAUUUUCUCCUCAACUGGUUUAAAAGGUUUCCACAAUUCAAGUCCCAUGACUUCUAUAUCACUGGAGAAAGCUAUGCAGGGCACUAUGUUCCACAACUCUCUGAGCUCAUUUUCGACCGUAACAAAAAAGCAUCCAAGGAGAACUAUAUAAACUUCAAGGGAUUCAUGAUUGGUAAUGCAGCAAUAGACGAGGAAUCAGAUCAGAAAGGAUUGAUUGAUUAUGCGUGGGAUCACGCGGUGAUUUCUGAUCGGCUGUACAGUGACAUUAGGAGAGAAUGCAACUUCAGUGAGCAAAACGUAUCCAAAGAGUGUAAUAAGCUGAUGGAUGAGUACUUUGAGGUGUACAAAAUCAUAGACAUGUACAGCUUGUACACUCCCAUUUGUGUCAAUGAUAAUAAAACUCUGUCUGUCCCCACCAGUCAGCAACACUUCCGCGCCAUUGAAGGAGCUCCCGCUUUGUUUUCUAGAGCUGAAGGACGGGGCAAAAGACCAGAAGGGUAUGACCCUUGUGCAUCAGAUUACACUUAUUUGUACUUGAACAAUCCAGAAGUCCAAAAGGCUCUGCAUGCCAAUGUCACCGGCAUUUCCUAUCCGUGGACUCACUGCAGUGAUAACAUCACCUUCUGGAAGGAUGCACCGCCAUCAGUUCUUCCUGUGAUUCGAAAGCUUGUAGAAGGUGGUCUCCGCGUCUGGGUUUAUAGUGGUGAUACUGAUGGCAGAGUUCCAGUGACAUCAACUAGAUAUGCGUUGAAGAAACUCGGAUUGAAGAUCAAGCAAGAUUGGACUCCUUGGUACAAUAGCAAACAGGUUGGCGGAUGGACAGUUGCAUACGACGGUCUUAUGUUUGUGACAAUUAGAGGCGCAGGUCAUGAAGUUCCAGUUUUUGCACCAAGGCAGGCGCUCCUCCUCUUAGAACACUUCUUGGCUGAUAGGAGUCUCCCACCAAAACCAUUUUAAUUUUUAAUAUCAUCAAUAUUCCCUUUUCCGUUUUGUCAAUAAAUAGAUCAUGAACUUGCUGAGUCUCUGACCUAUAUAUAGAGGUGAGAGACUCUCAUUUUUACUAGUCAGAAUCCAAGUCUUCAAUGGCAAUGUUUA